GAGGAAGGCAUUGACAAUAACAUAAACAACAUAACAAAGAGUCCCAAAACAAAGUGGAAAAAAGCGAAGUGGUCUUAGAGUGGGCCAAUUAAUUGUUUCCUCAUUUGUGAAUGCGGCUUUAGCCCAAUUCUGAUCGCCUAUUGAGAUUUAUUGCGUUUCACAAAAGCUUCGGUUGCUACACUUUGUUUUGGGCAGCCUUAUAUUGAAUAUGCACAGCAUGUGAACCGUUUAGUUGAUUAAUUUUCGGCGCCUCUUCAGGGUACAUAUAGACAUAAGAGGUGACUUCACUUAAGAAUUAAACACUUUGUUUACCUGCGCAACGGUAUAUUGUUGAGAUAUUUCGGUUUGGUGAAGUAAGCGCCGGAUAAACUAACGGUGCUCAGUUCGUUCUCUCGUGUGGGAACCAGCAAGCAAAGAACCCAUUGGGCCUCUCGUGGCAUGACAGCGCGUGGCUUAGUGUGCUUGAUGGGAACAAUGUUCUUGAAUACUUCUCGGAUCGUUCGAAUCCGUUCUAUGACCGUACGUGCAAUAAUGAGACAGUAAAAAUGCAGAGACUCGACGCUGAGGUGAUGAACGAAAUGACCGGUCUUGAGUAUAUUCUUCUUCAUGUCCAGGAGCCUAUUCUCUUUAUCAUAAGGAAACAACAUCGUCACAGUAGAACUCAAGUAACACCUCUAGCAGAUUAUUAUGUACUGGCAGGUGUUGUCUAUCAAGCUCCAGAUUUGAACACAGCAGUCAAUUCGCGUUUACUAUCGACCGUCUUCCACCUUCAAAGCGCGUUCGAGCAGGCGCAUUCUUUUAGCAGAUACCACCCGUCUAAAGGCUACUGGUGGGAUUUUGGCAAGGACGACGACGACGCAAAAAGAAAAGACAAAGAGAAAGAGGAUCAAAAAGAGACUGCAAGUCUGUUUCAGCGCCGGCGGGUUGAUCUUUUGCUAGGAGAAUUGGCAAGACGAUAUCCACCAAAACUGGCCCCACCGUCAUUGCCUGUUAUGCAUCAGUCGCAGGCCCCGACAAACACCGUUACAGCACAGGCACCAGCGCCCCCCACCGCGUCCGGUACUCAGCAAGCCAACACCGCAUCUGCAGCCUCUACAACGCAAAGCAAUGCCGCGACAGCGGCGAAUAAUAAUACUGCUCCCACAACAAAUCACAAAACACCGGCAGCUGCUUUGAAACAAGGUGAAGGGCACCCGGAGAAGAGGCCUCGGAUAGCCUGAUAACGAAGGGAAAGGGAUGAAAAGGAAAUUGCUAGGCAAAUAAUCCUGAUACAAUAGCGAGGGUGUAAUUUCUUUUCAUUGUUGUUUCAAACCUAUGGUAAGUGCCGAUUUUGUUGAGUAGUGAUGUAAGCCGAGUGAGUGAGCGACGGAAUGUGCGACUGCAUAUAUAUGUUUUUUCGGGGGAUGUUUAUCUCGGCUAGGUGUACGUAUGUACUGUGGUUGUAUGUAUGUACUUGUGUGUCUCUUUACGAGUGCGAAGGUGUAAGUAAACAAAACGCGUUACAGAAGAGAUGAAAAGCUAGUUCA